AUGUCUCCACGCUUGGAUAUGAUAAACUUCACGGACAAAAUUACAGCAAGUGCUUCAACGGAGUCUAUUUCAAAACUCUCCCCAAACUGGGACUUUGUCGUUGCCUUGUACAGUGUGUCUAUAGCCACGUCCUCCUUAUGCCUGAAUGGGAUUCUCCUGAGCGUUGCGUACAGGAAGAGGAAACGUCUGCGCAUAAUUGAGUGUCUGAUCAUAAACCUGGCUGUUAGUGACAUAGGACUGGCUCUCACCGUUUUCCCUUUGUUUAUUUAUUCCAACAUUAAUCAUCGCUGGAGUUUCGGAGAUGCAGGUUGCCGCUAUUUUGCCUUUAUGUCGUUUUCUCUGGGGGUGGCCAGCAUGAUGUCCUUAGCGGAGAUAGCAUUUAUGCGGUACCAGAUGGUGUGUAAAAGUUCGGCCUCAUGUACACCAUGUCAUGUGUAUCGUGGACGAUUGUCUGAUAAAGUGAUGCUCAUUGUCUUCCCGUAUUUACACGGCAUAACCUGGGCAUCGGGUCCUUUCUUUGGAUGGGGGGAAUAUGGCUAUACUCCAUACGGAACGGCAUGCAGUUUGUUCUGGGACAUGCGCAAUCUCUCCUUCCUGGUAUCAGCUUGUAUCUUUUGCUUGGCGGUUCCUGUGGGAAUUAUGGUAUUCAGCUAUUCGAAAAUCAUUCAGAAGAAGAACAAGUCGGAUCGUUCAAUGAAGACAAUGUCCAUGUGUGCAGCAUUCGUAAUAGCCUGGACGCCGUAUGCCAUUGUCGGACUACUGACAAUGGUGAUUCCAUUGAAGGAGUUCCCAAUGCCAAUGCAACAGUUUUACCGAAAACAAGCCGUUGGAGUCCAGGUGGAUCAGGAGUUCAUCUGGGACAAGACGGAUGCGCAACUUCUGCCUCACUGUUUGAUAGAGAGACGACUACCGCAUGCCGCAACUACCAAGCCAGUAGAGGGUGAUGUUCAGCCUUGA